AUUUUCCUCCUUUCUUCAUAACGAAAAACGAAAAUCUCCCCUUCGUUCCCUACUCACAGACACUGUUCAAUUUCUUUGUUUCUUAUCCCCAAUUUCGACCAGAGCAAGGAAAUAAUCCCACACAUCUCUUCGAAUAUUGAGCUGCUAUUCUUGUGGUACAGUGAGAGAGCAAUGGAACAAUUUGAGAAUCAGGAGCUGGAGUAUGUUGACUAUUAUGAAAUUAGUGAUUUCGACGAUGACAAUGUUCCAUGUCGAGUUUCGUUGGAUGACGAUAACAUGGACUCUGACUUUGAGGACGAUCUUGAACUGGGCAAGCCAAAAACAGACACCUCGGCUUCAGAAGUGAGAAAUGGCAAGGAUAUGCAGGGUAUCCCAUGGGAGAGGCUGAAUUUUACUAGAGAGAAGUAUCGUGAAUCUCGAUUGAAGGGAUACAAGAAUUUUGAAAAUCUCUCAAUCUCUCAUGGAGAUCUUGAGAAGGAUUGCAAAGAAGUAGACAAAGGCCAUAAAUUCUAUGUUUUUCAGUUUAAUACCAGACUUGUUAAAUCAACGAUAGUUCAUUUUCAGUUCAACCCACGGCAUGGGAUUGCUAUUGCAUUUUUUAUUUUAGCCUUAGAAGCUGAACUGCAGUUUUUUCUGAGCAGCUGGUGGAUAAUGGAUCAUUUCCAUAUGCUGAGGAAUCUCCUAUGGGCAACCUCAAAGCAUGACGUGUACUUGACGCAAAAUUAUUCUGUCAUGCACUGGUCGUCCCUUCUCAGGAGGGGCAAAGAAGUGCUCAAUGUUGCUAAACCUAUAGUGUCAUCCUUGAAAAAUCCUGGAUGUUUAACGCAGCCUCUUUCUAGGGUUCAAAUAAGCACAAUGACUGUGAAGGAAAAUCUGAUGGUUGCAGGUGGUUUUCAGGGAGAAGUUAUCUGCAAGUAUCUGCACCAACCUGAUGUUGCCUUCUGCACAAAGUUGUCCGCAGAUGAGAAUGCCAUCACUAAUGCUGUUGACAUAUAUCACAAUCCUAGUGGUGCACUUAGGGUAAUGACGGGAAACAAUGACGCCCAAGUCCAGGUCAUGGACACCGUAAAAUUCGCUUGCCUUGAUCGGUUUACAUUCCCGUGGUCUGUAAAUAACACAUCAGUCAGCCCAGGUGGCCAAAUGGUGGCAGUCCUUGGGGACAAUCCCGACUGUUUGAUUGUCGAUGCCCAAUCAGGAAAGGUAAUCAGCAUCUUAAAAGGUCACCUCGACUACUCAUUCGCAUCCGAUUGGCGGCCAGAUGGACAAAUCUUGGCAACUGGCAACCAAGACAAAACCUGCAGAUUGUGGGACGUGCGCAAACUGUCCGAGUCCUUAGCCGUGCUCAAGGGUAGAAUGGGCGCAAUCAGGAACAUCAAGUUCACAUCCGAUGGCCAAUUCAUGGCCAUGGCUGAGCCUGCCGAUUUCGUGCACGUGUUUGAUGUUAGCUCUGAUUAUAGGUCGAGUCAGGAGAUUGAUCUUUUUGGGGAGAUAGCUGGGAUAUCGUUUAGCCCGGAUAAGGAGGCCUUGUUCGUGGGGAUUUCUGACCGGACAUAUGGAAGCUUGCUGGAGUUUAACCUCAGGCAUUUUGACCGUUAUCUAGAGAGCGUGUUUUGAAUGUAAAAACACAUUAUUGUGUCGAUAUUUUAUGUUUUUUUCUUGUUUUAAGCCAUGAUUCUGUUGGUAAGAGUGUUUUUGUUGGGCUGAUGAAGAGGAUGUCAUGGUCUGCAGGUAGUAAUAAGUAUAGGAGGUUUGGGUUGGUUGAUGUUCUUUUCAUGGAUUCUUUGGUAACUGAUGUACGAUGGUUUUUGGGUUCAAAUUCGAUUUGAACUUUGAAGGGUAAAGAUGUGAUAUAAAAGAAUAAUUUUUUUACAAA